ACCAUCUCCUUCGUUAGGUUAGACCUUCACCCCUAAGGUCUAAGCUUAUUGUGCUACAGUCCUUGGCCUGUGACCAUUUCAUUGAGCUAUAUAUAGCUAUCUAACUCAAGCCCAGGCAGGCGUUCGUAUCAGUGCACUGCAAAAAGGAGAGAGGUGUCCGUGGUUCAUUGAUCCACGGGGAAACCACCAGGAUUUAGUGAACCAUCUCAGAGUUUGGAAACCGCAGAAGAUGGACAAUGCUGUGCAGCUGAAGGAGGCGGGAAACCAGUAUUUUCAAGCCAAUGAUUACGAGAACGCUAUUAAAAGCUACUCCAAAGCCCUCGAUGACGCCAAGGAUAAAUCACUUCAGGCUGUGUUGUACCGUAACCGAGCGGCCUGUUUCCUGAAAAAGGAGAACUAUACCCAGGCAGCAUCGGAUGCAUCCAGAGCUAUCGACAUCAAUGCGUCAGAUAUUAAGGCCUUAUACCGACGCAGCCAAGCUCUGGAGAAGCUGGGCAAGUUGGAUCAGGCCUUCAAGGAUAUCCAGAGGUGUGCCACCAUUGAGCCCAGAAACAAAAACUUCCAGGAGACCCUUCGGCGUCUAGGAGCCCACAUCCAGGAGAAGCUGCGUGUACAAUUCUCCACCGAUGCCAGGGUGCAGCAAAUGUUUGAGAUCCUGCUGGAUGAGAAGAGCGAAAAAGAAAAGCGAGAGAAGGCUGCAAACAACCUCAUUGUCCUUGGCCGGGAGGAAGCAGGCGCAGAGAGGAUAUUCCAGAACAACGGCCUGAACCUGCUUGUGAGGCUGAUUGAAACAAAAAGCCCAGAGCUGAUCCUCGCGGCUGUAAGGACCCUUUCGGGGAUGUGUACAGGACACAAGGCACGGGCAACAGCUGUCCUCCACGUGCUGGGAAUCAACAAUAUUUGCCUGUGGAUGUCCAUCGACCACGAGGAGAUCUCGCUGGCCGUCUCUAAUCUUCUGCAGGCCCUCAUUGACUCUUUAGCUGCGGAAGGCAAGAACGAAGAGCAUGGAAAAGAGGAUGCCCUCGUGCUGGAUACCAAGAAGGACUUGAAGGCCAUCACGAUGCACCUCCUGAACAUGCUCCCCAGUAAAAAGGUCUCUGGGCAAGGUCGGGACCGUGCGCUCAAUUUACUCAAUAAAAACGUCCCGAGGAAGGACAUGAGGAUCCAUGACAACAGCCGAACCCUGUUUGUGAUUGACAAUGGUCUGAAAAAGAUCCUGAAAGUUGCCGGCCAGAACCCUGACAUGCCCAACUGCCUGCCCUUGACGGAGAACACCCAGUUGACGGCUUCAGUUCUUCUGAACAAGCUAUACGAUGACUUGCGGUGUGACCCAGAGAGAGAGAAUUUCAGGCUGACCUGCGAAGACUACAUCAAGAGCAACAUCAACCCCCAGGACAUGGACAAGACUGUACAUGCCAUCCAGACAGUCUCUGGUGUCCUGCAAGGGCCUUUUGAUUUGGGGAACCAACUGCUGGGCAUGAAAGGUGUCAUGGAGAUGAUGGUAGCUCUCUGUGGCUCCGAGAGGGAGAUCGACCAGCUGGUGGCCGUGGAAGCCCUGAUCCACGCCUCAACCAAGCUGAGCCGGGCUACCUUCGUCAUCACCAACGGAGUCACCCUGCUGAAGGAAAUGUACAAGAAGACCCAGAACGAGAAGAUCAAGAUCAGGGCUCUAGUGGGCCUUUGCAAGCUGGGCUCAGCAGGGGGCACAGACUACGGGCUGCGCCAGUUUGCUGAAGGAUCGACCGAGAAGCUGGCAAGGCAGUGUCGGAAAUGGCUGUGCAACCCUGCCAUAGACACACGCACGAGGAAGUGGGCAGUGGAAGGUCUUGCUUACCUGACUCUGGAUGCCGAUGUGAAGGAUGACUUUGUGGAGGAUGAGGUGGCCUUGCAAGCCAUGUUUGAAUUAGCCAAGACAACCGACAAGACCAUUCUGUAUUCGGUAGCCCUCGUCUUGGUGAACUGCACCAACAGCUAUGACGUGAAGGAAAUCGUCCCAGAACUCGUGCAAUUGGCCAAGUUUUCCAAGCAGCAUGUUCCCGAGGAACACCCAAAGGACAAGAAAGACUUUGUGACAAAGCGUGUGAAACGUUUGAUCACAGCUGGAGUCACGUCUGCCCUGGUUUGCAUGGUGAAAGCAGACAGCGCCAUUUUGACUGAUCAGACAAAAGAGCUCUUAGCCAGAGUUUUCCUUGCUUUGUGCGAAGACGCCAAGGACCGUGGUACCAUUGUUGCUCAAGGGGGCGGAAAGGCCCUAAUACCCUUGGCUCUGGAAGGCACAGAGGUUGGCAAGAUAAAAGCAUCACACGCCCUGGCCAAGAUUGCCGCCAUCUCCAAUCCAGACAUAGCAUUCCCCGGGGAGAGGGUGUAUGAAGUCGUGCGGCCGCUGGUCGGUUUGCUGAACACUGAACGGGACGGCCUCCAGAACUACGAGGCUCUGAUGGGUCUGACUAACUUUUCAGGAAGAAGCGACAAGCUCAGACAGAAGAUCAUCAAAGAGAAAGCCCUGCCAGACAUUGAAAACUACAUGUUUGAAAACCACGAUCAGCUCCGACAGGCAGCCACGGAGUGCAUGUGUAACCUCGUGGUCAACAAAGAGGUUCAAGAGAGAUUCAUAGCAGAUGGGAACGACAGACUCAAGCUGGUGGUGUUGCUGUGCGGCGAGGAUGAUGAUAAAGUUCAGAAUGCCGCUGCAGGGGCCCUGGCUAUGCUCACAGCGGCGCACAAGAAACUCUGCCAUAAGUUGACCGAAGUGACAACCCAGUGGCUAGAGAUUCUGCAGAGGCUUUGCAUUCACGACAAGGUUGACAUACAGCACCGAGGACUAGUGAUUGUUUACAACUUAAUCCACGCGGACCACGAGCUGGCUAAGAAACUAGUGGGGAGUGAAAUGCUGGAAAUCCUGACCAUCAUUGGCAAGCAGGCAGAUGACCCCAAGCGACAACAUGUCCUCAACGUGGCUCGCGAAUGCCUCGUGAAGUGCAUGGACUAUGGGCUGAUCAAACCUGUGUCUCCGCCAUAAAGACACGUGAAACAGAAAUCCAAACAACAAUGAGGACUAGAGGAGUGGGGAGGAAGUGACUGAAUCUGUAAAGAUCUUGCAUUAGAAAACUGAAGCAUUAUUUCCAGAGCUUAAGUAAUGACACACUGCAUGUUUGCCCCCCACAGAAAUAGUCCCCGAGGUCAUUCCUAAACAGUUUGUGCAGUGGAUUCCAGAAUUUGGUUCCUGGUACUUUCGAAAAGUAACUGCCUGCUGGGGUAUCAGAAUUCAGAAAAGUUCUCCAAAGCAGCCUGAAAUGCUUUUGUCGAGUUCAGAACAACCCUCCUUUUUGUUUUUUAGAGGUUCCUGGUUUUAUACAGCUUUUGUAACUAUAGUAUGCUCACUGUCUACUGAAUGUUUUGGCGUGUUGGAAAUUCAAAGAGCUUUUUAUGUAGACCCGCUGCUAGUGAUAUUUAUUGUUACAGGGUGGUGGCUUAUUAAUAAAAGAUUUGUUG